UUGAAGUGCAUGUCUCAGCCCAGCAACAGAUGGCACUUGUUCUCGCUAAAUCGUUGCAGGGUUGCUUGAUGCUGUAACAUAUGUGCUUGUAUCUGAGUGAGGAAGGGCCGACUUGAACGGUUCUAGAGAAGUAAAGCCCGUGACGUAAAGAUGGGAACGACAGAAUGAAGGAGCCAAACCCCCACGUCGCUGGAAGGACGAUCUAUCAACUUGGACGCCUAUCGUUGUCACAAUCACACUACCGCUGGUCAGAGGACAAGGUGCCAGGUACGCAGUUCACGGAUGUAACAGCCCAAUGCUAGCUGUUGUGUCGGCCCGCCCCUGGUCGUCUGAGGCUGGCGGCACAUUUCUGGUUUCCCUGCUUGUGCAAAAGAUCCGGCUCUCAUUGCGGGCGCUGUGGUUUUGGGAUGACCAUCUUAAAGGAAGACCAGUGGAGAUCUCAACGCAUUUGCACACCGACUCUCGCCUAUCUCAAUGUUCAGACCAGCGCCACAGGAAAUGAGAAGUCUGCCGGAGCAGAGAUCGAGAUGGCCUGCAUCUUGUCUCUGUGCCGGUCGGAAGCCCUGGGACCGUGGCUUUCAGCGGGACAAAAUGUCUGCCUGAGCUGGGAUCGAGAUGAGCCAGGAUGAUAUCCACGCCGUACCUUGUCUAUCCACAGGAUGUAAGCCCCUGAAUCGUCGCUCUCAAUCUGACGCAGAAACCAACUAUCAUCGGGGGGAAGCUUGUAAUUUCAGGGUCAAAGCGCUCCGCCACCUGGGUGUUGAAAGGCAGUCGAGUUGAGCACAGCGUCAUUCUGCUGGCCGUAGUUACCUAAGUCCUGUGUGCUGUAGUGGCAAUGUCUACUUUGCUAGCAGUCACUUUCAGUGUGUCCUAGAAAGUAACAGACACCGAGAGUCAGUGUGCUUAGUCUUUCGGGGUAAGACGCCUACCACCCGGGUACAGUAGGACGGGAACCGUCUUCGGGGGUUUACACGCUUGUUGUUUCGACGUUGAUGCUCUGCUGCCGGGUGCUUGAGGGAUCACUCGAGCCGAGUACAACCGGAACAUCCUGCUGGUGCUGGGACCUCUUGUGCUGACGGCAAAACACCAAACACGGCAAGCACAGUAUCUGUUGCUACCAGCAUCUUCCGUCACUUGAUGUACCAGCAAUGGUCUCAGGCUCUUCCAAGAAGUUCAUCCUUUUGGCUGGGAUACUGCUAGUAGUCGGUUAUGUCACCUUUGUCCAAGAUGACAGAGUCGGGCAACUUCCACAUUUUGGGCAUGGCAUGGGAAGACUCAUUCCAUCAAAAUCUCAACCCUCCGCCAGUGACCUUUCGCAUGCGACCCCUCCCACGAGGAGACCAGAGCUCAGUCCGAUAGAUGGCCAGCCCAAAGCCUUUCGGCCGACCAGACCAACCACGCCGUCUUCUCCACAAAAGGGCACAAAACAAUCUCCAGUAGAACAGCGACCGAGUUCAACUCGGCCGGAGCAAGGCUUACGACCAGGCCUUCUCGAUUCUGAACCACUUGGAACUGUGCAUUCGCCCUCCGGAGGAGACCCAGGGACUUCAUCGCCACCAUUGCCUGACGUCCCAGCAGAUGCCGAGUCGCCCAAAACUCCAAGCUCGUAUCGAGAAAUAUUCUCUGUGUCGCAUUCCAACGGCAGCUACUUUGAAAUUGAAUUUCCAGGGUACAGGAUCUUCAACCCGAACAUUCUCCCACACCCAAGCAGGCUCGACACAUGGAUUGUUGUUGCGCAGAAAGAGCGUGGCGGUGACGAAUUUGAAGCAGUCGAGCUGGCCUGUGAGGCGGUGUUCGAUGACCAAAAGGAAACCUUGAUAUGCACAACGACACCCUCACCACUGCCAGUCAAGUCAACCACGGGCGGGCUUUGCAAAGGCGAACUCGAGUGGUUCAACGGGGUUGCCGGCCCGCACGACGCGCGUGUCUUCCACGGACCCAAAGUGCCGUAUAUCAUAUACGGGUCGCGAUCCGGGUAUACCUGCUUCGGACAAUGGAUCCAGGAUUUCCGAAAGCUCGUUGGGCCGGACGAGCAUGACACCUCUGCUGUCUCCUCGUCGUCGAACCUGUUUGCCAUCGGCACCGAACUCCGUCGACCGAGCUCAUUCGGUGAGUUCGAGAAGAACUGGUUUGUGUUCUGGGACAAGCAGGGCCAAAUGUACGCGCACUUCGACCUCGCUCCGCACCGGAGCUUUGCCAGGUUGGACUUUGACGGGUCGACUGUUGGCGACGAUCUGGGGCCAGCGACUGCCUCGACAGAUGGAUCAUGUGUGGCUCAGUACCUGGCUCCAGAUGCUUCUGAACAAGGAGUGGACAAAGGUAGUGGUGGGAGUGGCAAGACAUCUUUGCACCAAGCGACCAACUCCCUUUUGGUGACGCUGUGCAACCGCUUGGAUCCGACAUGCAAGGCCAAUGAAGAGAACACUUUCAUCAUGGCAGUGGUGCAACAGAAGUUUUACUAUCCAUAUCACAAUGUGUAUCGGCCAUACGUUGUCCUGUUCCGGCAGACCGCGCCGUUCGCCCUGUAUGCCAUAUCGCAGAAGCCGCUGUGGUUUCAUGGGCACCGAAAAGUCGCAAAGCACGAGCGAAGGGCAACAGGACAAACACAUUCAGCCGGGACCGCAGAAGAGCUGGGCAAUGAGCCUGGGCCAACACGAGCUGAAGACCAGGAGCUCCCUGAAAACCAGGCCGAGAUGUUCUUCGUCACCAGCAUGAGUUGGAAGAAUCGCGGACAGACGUACCACGGAUACUUGGACGACGUGUUGUUUUUGACAUUUGGAAUCGAAGACAAUCGCGCCGGCGCCAUCGACAUCCGUGCGGGGGACUUGCUGCAGGAUCUGGGCUUGUGCGGCGAAGGAAUGCAUUGAGUUGGACUGUCUUUAUACAACGUUGUAGGCUAACACAGGUACAGUCCUGGACCUGCGGGAGCCUAUGCGUAUAUUAUGUUGAUCUACCAAUGUUCACAUCUGGCCAUGGCUUUCUCUUGCAGCCUUUCGUCGCAACGUAACCCAUCUUACUCAUUGGCGUUACCGAGCCCCUUGCUCACCUCACUUCAGCUCGGAGCAUAGCCCCAAGUCCUGCAGCAAGUCAGCCGCAACAACAUCAAUGGCUCCCGACCGAGACUGCUCAAUCCCAAAAGCGAGGAAAAGAAUAUCGUCCAUGUACCCGUGAUACUUUUGCCCGUGUGCUCUCCAGUUGAUGCUCCUAAUGUAGAACAUUUCAGAGUGGUUCUCAGGAAGCGCAUCGCUGUCCUGCCAGUGGACAUUGCCGCUGAGCCUUGAGAACUUGGAUCUCCCCGAAAUCCAGAAUGGCUUUGCUGAUAUACCAUGCAAGGCAAAGGGCUCCGACUGCUGGAACAGCAUCGCAUACGGCUCGUAGACGCCGUGGCCGUCGAAGUUGGUCUUGUAGUGAAACAGUGCCAGAAUGAACGUGUUCUUGUCCGUCGGCAUGCAGUCAGGAUCCGAUCGCAUGCACAACGUGAUGGCCAAAGAGUUGGUAGCUUGUUGGACCGCAGAGGUAUCAAGCAUGGCAGGAGGCAUAUACCGAGCCAUACACCUUGAAUCAUUGUCGACAGUCACCGGGGCAAGAUCAGGUCCGCUCGAGCCAUCGGGCCCAAUCCUUGAAAACACUCUCUGGGGAACGAUCUCACUGUGCGCGUGGAUGUUGCCGACAGUAUCCCAGAAGACGAAAAAGUUCUUCUCGACGCCCUUGUAUGGUGGCGGACGUUGCAACUCGGUUGGCUCAGUGAAAUCUUUGGCCAGGACGGCCUCGAUGCGGUAGUCGUCCACAGCAUUCUGAAGUCUUGCAUCCACAUCCCCAUACAGGUGUAUGCUGAAUGCGAUCCAUAGACAAGGUAAGGCGCCACGGGGCCAUAGAACAAGCGAGCAUCCCGUGGACCAUAUUCGAAAUUGAAGUGCGCAAGCUCGUCCUCACAGUUGCCUCGGGUUGCUUUCACAGGGAGAACAGCAGGCUCAGCCAUACAAAUGAGUACAUCAUUCAUGAAUCCGGCGUUACAGAUCAGCGGCAAAGAGUGGCCAACCGGACUCUUGUUCGGGAUUUGCUGCACAAUAACAAUCCACGCAUCAAACUUCGUGGGAUGAGGUAUAAUGGUCGGAUUGAAGCCUGCGCUUCCUCCCAGGUGGAUGGGAAAGUAGGUUCCGGUUGCUGUCGAGUUGGAGUGCAGGAUACGGUAUGCUGACGUGUCGAUCACCGGCUGGCCGUCGUCGUCAAUCGUGAGCAGAUGAGAAGGCGCCAGGAUAUCAACAUUGGCUAUACCCUCGUUGGGGGGGUCGAGUGAUUGUGAAGCGGGAGCAUUGUUGUCAGGUUUCGGGUUGUCCACUGGCUGCUCAACGGGUAUUGCCACACGACGACGUUUGCUUGAAAGCAAGAGACCGAGCACUAAGAUAGGAGCCACAAUGGCAAUCAGCGCUUUGUAAGCUCGGAUCAUCAUGAUGGGGUUGUUGCAUCAAAUGUCUAGAUGAGCUUCAGAACAAGAAUGAGGGUGCUGAAUUCAGACGAUAUCCUGUUAGAGGAAUCUGGCAGCCGAAAUCUGCGUGCAACGACCAGGUCCCGGCUGACGGACUUAAGACACAGUCUUAGUGGCUGCUAUCCUGAGACGUC